ACCCCGUCCAAUCGCCCAGUUUUGCACUGUUUUCCUUCUGCGGGCCGCAAAUAGGGGUGGAAAAAUCUUUGCUCCACGGAUGGCUCCAAAGGUUGUCGCACAUUUAUUUCAUCCCGGUGCGCGAUAGUGUGCACGAUACGUGUUUCUGUGUCCUGGUCGGGUCAGUUCUCGCUUAAAGAUUGUACUUCCGUUGGGGAGCACUCUGCAGCAGUGCAUAUUUGGUGUCGUUGUUGCUCUCUGCUCCUUUCAAGGAAAGGAACCAUUUCUAGUCAAACAAGUGCACAGUAAAUAGUGAACGUGAAAAAUAGCACAAACUUGGUUGAAAACAACACGGGUGAAAACGGUGCUCGGUAAUGUCCGGGAAUGUGCGUUUGUUUACGAUAGUUGUGUAAAACGGUUGUGCCUGUAACGUGCCAAGCGGCGAUACUAAUUAAUACCCCAAGUGGGAAGCGUUUCUCCCAUCGCCAGCUUUACCGCAACACGGCAUUAAUGCGUCCUGGUGACGCUUUUUAAUUACUCACCGCGAACCAGGCGAAGUUGAACCGACGAAGAGAUGGGCAACUCGAGCACAAAGCUGGCAGAAAAAUGUUCCCUGCUGGCGAAGAGCGAAGUGCCGGUGGUGGCAAGCUCCUUCAAGCUAGUCAGCAAAAACUCGGAACGCAUCAAGGAAGAUGAUCUCAUGAAAUUCUGGGGCUCACAGAUGGACCCACGGUUGGCGCAAUACAUCACCAACUUCCUGUUUGGGCCACUCGGGUCCCGUUCGCCGGUGGUGGAAUUUCAACGGUUUGCCGAACUGUACGUGUACUGUGUCCGCGGCACUAUCGACGAACGGAUCAACGUUCUGUUGUGCAGUCUCGGCCAGCAGCCCGAAUCGGAAUCGACCGAAAUUGCUUAUCCGCUUAUCAAAGAGUACGUGGAGGCGGUUGUCAGCAGCUAUAUGCGAGCGAUCCGACUGGAAGGUGGUCCACAGUACAAAUCGUGGGAAUCGCGAGGAUUCCGCAUCGUUAAGGACUGCAUACAGAAGCUGGCCGAGAGCUUAGCGUACGAUGUGGUGCAGCAGGGCACACAGAAGGUUACCCGUGCCGAUGCGGAACGAUGGUUACAUAAAAACCCAACCUUCCUGAAGAUGCUGGAACACGUGUUUUCCCACCUGUACCAUUAUCGCAACGUGAAGAAUGCGUCCGAGACGGAUGGAAACGCGCGCAAAAGCAUCAUCCCGCAGGAGGCCCUUCAAUCGAUGCUACCGUACUGUGAAGGACUGCAGUACGUACCGGACUAUCCGGCGUUUACCGAUCUGUCGCAGAUGCUGUUUAUCAACUCCAACCUACCGGGGACGCAACAGAACAAGUGGCGCUUUCUGUUUUCGUCGCAAAUACAUGGAGAAAGUUUCUCAACCUUGCUGGGUCGCAUCAUGGAUCAAGGAUCGACGGUGGUUAUUGUGGAAGAUGCGAACGGAUAUAUCUUCGGUGGCUACGCAACGGAAUCGUGGGCCCUUAGUCCCAAUUAUGUUGGUAAUGAGAACUCGUUUCUCUUCACACUUCGGCCAAAGAUGCGAAGCUUUCCGAGCACCGGCUACAACGACCACUAUCAGUAUCUGAAUCUACACCAGCAAACGAUGCCAAAUGGAAUGGGUAUGGGAGGACAGCAUGGCUACUGGGGAAUGUGGCUAGACAGUGAGUACGGUAUAGGCGAAUGUUCCGAGUCCUGCACGACCUACAAAGGCUACUUUCAGCUGAGCGCCACGAAGAAGUUUAACAUCCGCAAUGUGGAGGUUUGGGGCGUCGGCGACAAACCCGUGAAGGAGGAUGAAGCGGAGGACGAAAAGUCGGGCGCACGCUCCGUACUGGAUGGUAACGCGGACAGCAAGGCAAUCCUGAAGAUGAGCGGCCGGGAACAGUACUCGGACGGGUAUCGAGAGGAGCCGAAAGAUUAAGGUUUGCGAAAGCACGCCAGAAAGCAAAAGUGUUUCGUGCUGGGCCGCUCGAUGGAGAUCAACUUGGUGGAUGUAACGGAUACGUUCAAUUUCAACUUUUUGUAAUCUUGUGUACGUCCCACAAAACGUACAGAAAGCAGCAGAAGUGUGUAGCGUUUUAAGAAUCAAAGUCUGAAUAGUUUUCUCAAACGGGUUCAUCGCGCUGUACUGUUUCGUUUCCGGUUUUUUUUUCUCACUCUAUUUCUCUCACUUUCUCGAUUCAAAUAAGAAAACAACACCAACUUGUACCAAGAAAAGCAACCAUCCAGGAAAACAUCCGCACCGAAAUCACGAGACUCUUCAUCUGGCGUGAAGAAAUACUUAUCUGAAGGAAACUUUUUCGGAAGCACAAGGAAGAUUGUUCGGGUUUUUGUUUUGCACAGCAAAUUUAGCGCCGAUAUCAUGUAGUAGUAGUAGGCACAGCGGUCUUAAAGAUACGCCACAAGCUCUAAAGGAACUUUUUCGAUAGAACCACGUAAAGCAAUGUAAAUUCGCAGACAGUUUAAAGUAGUUUUGAAGAUGUAGCUUUAUGGGAUGACGUUUUAAGCGGUGGAAACCCCGCUGCUGGAGUUAGGAAGGUUUGAUUUUGUUCUCCCUCUCUCUCUCUCUCUUUCGUCAUCUGCUUAAUACCAGCAUAAGCAUAGCAGGGCAGUGAAAUAGCAAUCUUUUACUUGCAAUAGAACACAGUGUAUCGUUUGUACAGAGUUUACAGAGUAGCUCAGAAUGUCUGUCGAUGUCUCCUGACCCACUUCCCAAAACACACACACUCACACUCAAAUCACAACAAGGUAUUCAUAAAUAGUGCAAAAUGUUUGUAUGCGAACGAUAGCAGGGCUGUACGUAGACUAUAUUCGAUGUAUAUUUAUUUAUGUAUGUGAUUUUGUUUUCUAUUGUUAAAGCAACGUGGUGCACCAUCGUGUAUGGUUAUGUUUGGUUGGAAAAUGUGCCAUAUAGCUGGUGCUUGCGGUAUCGAAUUAAUUAUCGAUGGAAAUGGAAAACGCGCAUUCGCUCCAAGAAUCUAAUUUAAAACGUUUGUGUCUCAUAUGUGCAAGAACAGGAAGAACAACAAAAGCAACAAGUAUCCCAUAGUGGGAAUAAUCCGUUUCCGUCGAUACCACGCGCGUCCAUUGCUGUCUAGGUCCCUUCUAGGUGUGCGUGUUUGCGUGUGUAUUUUAUUGUACCCAUUGUCGUCGUCGUAGUUCGUUAGGAUGCACGGAUUUGAACGGUGUACGGAAAUAUAAAGCAGCAUGUGAAUUACGAGUAAAAA